AUGGUCCAUAAAGCUGAAUAUAUAAAAUCACAAGAAUCAUCUAUUUCCUCAAUUUUACAAGGUGGUUAUAAUCAUCAAUUAUCAAGAGAAUGGCAACAAGAAAGACAAUUAACUAAGAAUAUGUUUAUAUUCCCAUUAUUCAUAUCCGAUGAUCCAAAUGAAGAAACUGAAAUUCCAUCAUUACCAAAUAUUAAAAGAUUUGGUAUAAAUACGGUGGUUCCAUAUGUUGAAAGUUUAGUGAAAAAAGGUUUAAGAGCAGUUAUAUUAUUUGGUGUACCAUUGAAAGAAGGAGUUAAAGAUGAAGUAGGUACUGCAGCCGAUGAUCCAGAAGGUCCAGUCAUUCAAGCUAUUAAAAUUUUAAAAAAGAAUUUCCCCAAUUUAUUUAUAAUGUGUGAUGUUUGUUUGUGUGAAUAUACUUCUCAUGGACAUUGUGGUAUAUUAAAUGAAGAUGGUAGUUUGAAAAGAGAAUUAUCAGUACAAAGAAUUGCAGCAGUUGCUGUAAAUUACGCAAAAGCAGGUGCUGAUUCAGUUGCACCAAGUGAUAUGAUGGAUGGUAGAAUAAAAGAUAUAAAAUUAGGUUUAAUGAAUUGUGGGUUAGAAAAUAAAGUAUUGGUUAUGGCUUAUUCUGCGAAAUUUUCAGGUAAUUUAUAUGGACCUUUUAGAGAUGCAGCAGGAAGUGCACCAAGUCAUGGUGAUAGAAAAGCUUAUCAAUUACCACCAGGUGGAUCAGGUUUAGCAAGAAGAGCUUUAAUAAGGGAUAUGGAAGAAGGUUCAGAUGCUAUAAUAAUAAAACCAUCAACUUUUUAUUUGGAUAUUAUUAAUGAUGCUUCAAAAUUAUGUAAAGAUUAUCCUAUUUGUGCUUAUCAUGUUAGUGGGGAAUAUGCUAUGUUACAUGCAGCUGCUGAAAAGGGAAUUGUAGAUUUAAAAGGAAUAGCUUAUGAAUCUCAUCAAGGAUUUUUAAGAGCUGGUGCAAGAUUAAUUAUAAGUUAUUUCACACCAGAAUUUUUGGAUUGGUUAGAAGUUUAA